GCGCACACGUUCACAAUUCCCAUUUACAAUGUGAUGGUUAUGUAGUCAAUGUCAGUUUAAUAUAUUGAGAUAAAAUUAUAUUUUUGAAUAAAAAUUUUUUAAUCAUUUUAUAUAAAAGAAACCAUGAAUAUCCAUGAAAAACCUUGCCGAACUUGUGUGGAUUUUAAAUCUUGGGCUAAACUUCAAAAAAAGACGUAUGACUCGGAGCAGGAAAAAAAAUCUGCUAAAAAUGAAGAGUAUAAAGAAGCUCUGGUCUUAGCAGAACGAAAAAUGAAAAAUUGUCCCCUUGACAAAGAUGAAUUGGGCUCGGCGACUUGGUCAUUUUUACAUACUAUGGCAGCUUAUUAUCCAGAAAAGCCAACAACUCAGGAAAUUAAUGAUAUGAAAACGUUUUUCAAUGUAUUUUCAAAAUUUUAUCCCUGUGCUCCGUGUCGGGAAGACUUACAAGAACAGUUAAAGAAAAGACCACCUGAAGUAGCGUCGCAGGAACAGCUGAACCAGUGGUUGUGCGACACCCAUAAUGAGGUGAAUAAAAAAUUAGGCAAACCAAUCUUCGACUGCCGUCUUAUUAAUCAGAGAUGGAGAGAUGGCUGGCUCGACGGUUCCUGUGAUUAAAUCAACAAUCAACUCUUAAUGAUUAUGUAUUGUAUAUAAAAAUAUUUUACUUACAUUUAAAUUAAUGAUAUCAACUAUUAUUUGUAAAAUCAACUUCGCUGAGUAUUAUUGCUAAUAAAUUAUCAUGUCGAUAAUAAUUUUUGUGUAAAUAAACAACGAAGUAGCAAGGUAUAUA